AUGGAGUCAAAUCAGGCAGCUUCUUCCAUGGAAAUUGAGACUGUCCCAUCUGAAGCCAAACUUUUGCCGCCAAAGCCAAAGUUUGAGCCUUUGAAGCCUCAUGAGAUGUCUGAUGGACAGGUUCAGUUCCGGAAGGUGAAUGUUCCACCUCAUCGUUAUACCCCACUCAAGAAAGCUUGGAUGGAUAUCUAUACUCCCAUCUAUGAGCAGAUGAAAAUUGAUGUCCGUAUGAAUUUGAAGGCUCGUAGAGUUGAGCUGAAGACAAGGGUUGAUACACCUGAUAUUAGUAACCUGCAAAAAUGUGCUGAUUUUGUCCAUGCUUUCAUGCUGGGCUUUGAUGUCAUAGAUGCCAUAGCUCUUCUGCGUCUGGAUGAGCUCUACAUCGAGUCCUUUGAGAUCAAGGAUGUUAAAACACUUCGAGGCGAUCACUUGUCUCGUGCUAUUGGAAGGUUAUCUGGUAAAGGUGGUAAAACAAAGUUUGCAAUUGAGAAUGCGUCAAAGACAAGAAUCGUGAUUGCUGACACCAAAAUUCACAUAUUGGGAUCUUUUGCCAACAUAAAGAUUGCUAGGGACUCCCUUUGUAGUCUGAUCCUGGGAUCACCGGCAGGAAAGGUGUAUUCAAAACUAAGAGCAGUUACUGCGAGAUUGGCAGAAAGGUUUUGA